CAAGAGCAGCAGCAACAACAACAACAACAACAACUGCUGUAGCAGAAACUACUCCUGCGGCAAUGGGAGGGACCAAGAACCCUCACUCCAGCAAAAAUGCUGCCGUCAAAAGCAAAGCCAAAGCCAAAGCGAAGCCUCGCUCCGUUCAAGAGCGAAUCGACGACGAAAUUAUGCAUACGAAUGAUAGCAGUAUCACGUCAAAGCGAUGUGUAUCCAAGUUGUACUUCCCAGACGAGCCCGACUUUUACGAGCCAUUCUGCCCGAAGUAUGUUCGGAGGAACCCUCUGAUCAACCGCGGCUAUUGGCUGCGAAUGCAUGCUGUAGAGCAGGCCGUUCUAAAUUUCCUUGGGGAGCAAACUUCGAAACCUAAGAUCAUUGUGAAUUUAGGAUGUGGAUACGAUCCGCUGCCGUUUCAAUUCUGGCACAGACACGCUGCACUGUCUAAAGGGGCUGUAUUCGUUGACGUCGAUUAUCCACAGCUCAUCGGGAGGAAAAGGGAUCGCAUGCUAAUCCAUGAUGUUCUUCGACAUGCAUUAUUCCGAACCAACCUACGUCCAUCCCAGUCCCCAGUCUUUCUCCGCAGCGACCAGUAUAUGGCACUUGGGUGUGAUCUGAGAGACCUUAGCCAUCUUGAGAAGCUCCUGAAGACCGAGCUCGACCUUGCGAACUCGACUGUCCUGUUUGUCGCCGAAGUGUCUCUAACUUACAUGCCGGUUACGGAUUCCGACUCGCUCCUAGCAUGGGCAAGCACCCUUGAAGAUGCUCGCUUUUGUCUGUUGGAGCAAUAUCUUCCUCAAGGUCCGGGACAUCCGUUCGCCCACACCAUGCUCAAGCACUUUGACAAGCUGCAGACCCCUAUCCAUGCGGUAAAAUUGUACCCUUCAAUUGCCCAACAGACAUCCAGGUUCACGAAUGCAGGCUGGCUAACAGUGGAAAUUGCCCAAAACCUCUGGCAUCUUUGGUCGGAUGAUACUUUUACCCCUCCAGCUGCUCGGCGCAGCCUAGAUGCCGUGGAACCUUUCGACGAGUGGGAGGAGUUUGCACUAUUUGCCGGACACUACUUCUUGGUGGUGGCGUCCAACACUGAUAGUAAAAAGCCAAUGAAAAUGGCCAAUAUUGACCAGUCCAACAGUAACACGGGAGUGAGCAACGGGACCGAGGGCCGGUCCUUGACAACGCCCAUGAAGAUUAUCCAUCACGCCACUGCGCCCUCGCAGAUGAGCUUGCGUCGAUUCGGCGCUGCUUUUACGGUUGGAAAUGAAGCUAUUGUCUGCAAUGGAGGGCAAGGUAUGCAGUCCAGAUUGGAGAGCAUGGACACGUUGACACGCGAAAGCCCGGCGUCUACAAUUCAGCCCUGCAAUUCGGCGACUCCUCAGGCCCGCAUGUGUCACACAGUCACACCUCUCAACGGCCAUGCAUCACUACUGGUAGGCGGUCGAGCAUCACCAGCCCGUGCACUUGCAGAUUGUUGGCUCAUCGAGCAAGGCAGCUCCUGGAAGCAAGUGGAUGAUCUUAGUCCCGCCCGGUUCAGACAUAGCGCUGCGAAAGUAAUCAUUCCAUCUGACGGGGAAGAUACUGCGGGAAUCCUAGUGUUUGGAGGUAGAACCAGCGACGGCACAGUUCUGGAUGAAUGGAAACUGUGGACACCUGUUUCGGGUUGGACAUCAAUCUCCGCUGACGUGGAGCAAAGACCUUCGGCACGAUACGGCUCUGCAAUGUCAACUUUUGGCUCGGGUCAAAAUUCGGGGUUUAUCAUCGGGGGGUUAGACCCCAGCGGCGUAGUUCUACAGGAGGUCUGGGAGUGGCGCAUUGCGGCGCCUAACUUGCAGCUCGAGUUCAGAAACCACACUAAUGACCUCCAGAAGGCAACCAAUGGCCUUUGGAUUGGCAGGCUAGGUGCAAGUCUGCUGCCUUUUGGUGAUAAGCUGAUGCUCAUUGGAGGUGUUUCAAAAUAUGGCAUCAGUGCUCUAUGCGAGGACAUUGUAGUGGUGGCGCCAGACACGGAAAAGUCUACGAUCAGUGUUCAUAAGCCUGACCUAUCAUUGCCAAAAUCAGUCUGGCCUUUGUUUGUGGGUUUCGGUGCAGUAGCGGUGUCUCGGGAUGAAGUAGUCGUUGCGGGCGGUGGUGCAGUCUGUUUUUCCAUGGGAAGCUUCUGGAAUGAAGGCUUCCUUAGUAUCACGACGGAUUCGAAGACUGUGCCGUCCUGGGUGCCGUCAACGCAUGCGGCACCAAACAACAAAAGCGCGGCAGUGAAGGAAGAAGCCCCAGUCCCAUCUGCUAAAUCCAAGAUCAAGCAAAAGUCUAAAGCUAAAAGGCCCACCGGGCCCAAGCCUAUCACAAUUUCACGGGUACAGCUUAGUACCCCAGAAGACUUCACGAAUCUCCUCCAUGCAUCUCGGCCCGUCAUCAUCGAAGGACAGGACAUUGGACCUUGUCGUUCCCAAUGGACACUCCCAUAUCUUAAAGACAAAAUAGGUGCCGACCGUGAGGUCGUCAUCCAUGAAAGCACCGCGUCCCGUAUGACCUUCCAAUCCAAAAACUUCCAAUACACCAAAACCUCCGUAGGCACCUUCCUAGAUGGCAUAGCAGCAGGCUCCAAAACCUACCUCCGCGCAACAUCGUCAACGCAAGCCAACAAGCUCCCUACUAAGCUCGAAGAAGACUUCCCAACAAUUGCUCCAGACUUCCAGCUUAGCCCCAUCUUCAGCUUCGCGCAGACCCAUCUGCACUCGUCGCCGCUCCGCAUCUCAGGCCCCGUGGCCCUCUGGCUGCACUACGAUGUGCUCGCCAACAUCCUCGUGCAGAUCACAGGCCGCAAGACACUCACUCUGUACCCGCCUUCCGACGUCGACCGCCUCGACUACCCACCGGGAGGCUCCAGCUCCAACAUAGACGUCGCUGCCGCCCCACCCCGCGGCACGCACCCACAUGUCGCGGCGCUAUCCCCGGGAGAUAUCCUAUUCAUCCCGCCCAUGUGGAGUCACACAGCGACGCCAGACGAGGGGUUCAGCGUUGCCGUUAAUGUCUUCUUUCGCAACUUGGACCAUGGGUAUGCGGCUGGGAAGGAUGUGUAUGGAAACCGCGAUCUGCAGGCAUACGAGAAUGGAAGGAGGGAUGUCGAGAAGAUAUUGAAGGCUUUCAAGGGCUUGCCGGAGGAUGUGGCGGGGUUUUAUGUGAGAAGGUUGGCGAAAGAGUUGGUAGAGAGGGGGGUGAGGGAUAGUGAAGGGCAAUGA